AUGGUGCAACAAGCGAACAGCGGCAUUCAGGUGCGUCAGGUAGGCACGUAAACAGAGUCCAAAAGAAUGAAAAAGGACAGAGUUAUGCAGAAGGACUGAAUCAUGUUAUGAAACAACAUCUGAAACAAAAGACACAUUAAAUAAGCGGUAUGUCUUUAACCGUUUUCAUUUGGAGCACAAUGUCUAUUUCUUCGCAAUUAUUCACUUUUUUACCUCAUAAAUAAGACAAAGUUCGGAGAAACUAAAAUAUAUCAGAUUAGUCCUUGCUGCGUCAAGUGAGUGUCAGUCCCUCUUUAGAGAGACAAACCUAACUUCCCUAAAGGUUGAAACGAAGCCAGCUAAGUGGAGAAGCCAAAGUUCCAAUGUGUAAAAGACCUUUUUGCACUUCUUGAUUAUAUCAAAGUCACUUCAUAAUGCAAGAAAUUUAUUUAAAAGUUGAGACGUUUCCAACAGUUUCAUUCCAGCCCUUGAAACGCACGCACGCACUCAUUCACACAUCAUUAUUUGUCCUGACUUGAUCCCUACCUGUUUGAAACAAACAUACGUGCGAAGUGUCGGCUCAUCGAAACAACCUGUUUAUCUGGGUGUCAACAAAGAACUACAUGACGCUUAAUGAUCUUCCCCCAGCAGUCCUGAAGGCCCCUGCAGUCAUUGCUAUGCUAAUGUUCAGGCGAGGGAGAGGGUGAGAGAAAGAGAUCAGCCUCCAGGAAAACUGAACAUACACGAUCGUUAUUUGUGUGCUUAUCUAUCAGAGAACAUUACUUACAAUUUCCUUUCAUUAAAUUUAAGCGGUGUAUCCAUAAAUCACAGCAAAGAAAGCCCCUCAAAGGCUCCGAUCUGUUUAAAGCCAUAUCCACACUCAUACAAAUGAUGAGCAAAACUUCGUGAAUCUACUCGUGUGCUGUAACUGCCUCAAAAAAUGUUUUAUACAACUUCUUUUUUCAGUGAAAUGUACUGCAAUGAUUUACUUUUUACUAUUAGAAACACGCAGAAAGAGGAUUGUGUCAAAACCCGUGAUAUAGUGUGCCACCACUCCAUGGAUUGUAUAUUUUCCAAAGCAUUACUUCAGUAUCAUAUUAAAGGACAGUGGAUCAUCUCUGUGGUGAUGUAACUUGUGAAUGGUGUUUGUUCUAAUGACGCUAUUAAAACAUACAACUUUUGUUUAUUUCUGUGUGAUUUGUCUUUUAUCAUUUUAACAAUGUCAGACAAGAAAAAUGUGGUUUCAGCUUUUUGAUUUUUUUUUUAGUCAUUUUUACCAGUAGGGGAGACCAGGAACAGAUGUAACAGUGCUUUAUACUGCCAGAUAAGGGGUUUUACGGUGGCCAUGACAGCUUGAUCAACAUGAGCCAAGGCAUCAUAAAAAGUCAGGAAGAAAACAUUCAUAAAAACAUGUAUACAUGAAGAGAGAGCCCAAAGCCACAAUACAACUAAAACAUGUCAAGAAAACCUGACUGACUUCAACUAUUUCCCUUAAAUUAAAAUAGCUGGCAAUGGACAGAACUUGAAAAGUUUUUAACCUGCUUCAGUCAAAAUCUCAAUUAUCUGUCAUUUGGAAUUAUUACUGAGUGAAAUAAAAAAAUCUGUUUUGGCAAAUUAUCACUUUGAAUGACACCUACACCUGGCAACAAUUUUAGACAAACAACUAAAAAGCAGUCAUAGGUCUUCCUGCUGGUGUUCUUAUUUGCCUUUAAAAGGCAUAAAGAGUCAUCAAUAUUGAUCACAGCCAGGUCUGUAACUUGCCAAAAACUCCUCACAGGAGCUUUAAGGGACAUGACUGUUCAAUGUGAUAGAUAAAUGCUAAAGCAGUUCAAUAAACUUUGUUCUUUCUGUAUUGGUAAAAGAUUUAUUUUACAAUAAAUGACUUCUGUGUCUUUAAACGUCAUAAACUCAGCACACUGUCAACCAUUCUGUCCUCCUUCCUCUCUCCUCUGCUGCAGGUGGUGUGACGGUCUGUGUCCUGCUACUCUCUGCCUUUAUACUCGGUUAUUUUUAACAUGCCAUGCUUACGCAAAACUACUUCCUGUCCUGUCCCAGAGCCAAGUGGAAAUGGACUCUGUUUCCUGAGGAAAAACUGGACACUCACUUCCUUAACUUUCACUCUGCAGACACGUUUUGCUGAGGAUAUGGAUACACACGGGCUGGGGUGAAUGUGUUGACUGAUUUUGCAGCUGGAAAAGUCUUGUAUAUCCACUCAGCAGCUUUAUUUGUAACAUAGAUAUGAACUUUUACUUUGUAAAGAGUGAAGUAAUUGUCUUUGAAACCUUUUUUUCCUUUUGGCAAAAGUACUUGAAAUGUUGGCAUGGUUCCGUAAAGACAUUGAAAAAAAAUCCACAAAUCAAAGAUAUUUUCCCAGAGUUGAUCAUCCACACACAGAUAGAUGAUCUGAUCAGAAAACCUCUAGUUGCUAUCUAGUUCAAUCUGAGGCAGUAUCAAACUAGAAUCUUGUAAAAACAGCUGAGAACAGAGAGACAGACGGAGAUAAAGAACGGCCCCUGGCUCAGGUUUCUCCUUUUGUGUCUCUUUUUUGAAAAGGAGGAAGUCUUUCAGCUCAAGUGUUUUCUAAACACAAUUACUUCAGAUUACAGAGAAGCAGAGAGAGAGCCAAGACAUCUCAUCCUGGAAACACUGAAAUAUUCCCAAGCAGAGAUAAAAAGUAGUUUAUCUUGUUUAAAUGUUUGGGCCUCAAAGUUUAAGGAAAUCAAUAUUUCAUGACCUAAACUUUAUUUUGAAGUUACAUUUCAAACUUUUAUUUUGGAGAAAGUUAAGAUAAUUUACAUGGGUUCUCUCUAAAGUUGUUGUGUUUUUUUACCCCUGCUUCUUUUUGAACUUUGACCCUUUGAAAUGUAAUAUAAAGAAAAAGCUGAGAUGAUUGCAGUAAAUGUACCAGCACCAAAAACAGUGCAGGCCUUUUGGAUGAUCUGUCUCCAAACAAAGGUGAGCAUGUCCAGCUCUAUGUUGUCAUGGAUGCCUCGAAGAAGAAAGACAGAAAAAUUUUUACAGAGUGUGUGAGAUAUUUCUCUGUGUUUGAUGGAGUGCAGUGCAAGUUAUUAAACUUCUAUGAUGACAGACAUAUAAGGCUCUGACAAGCUGUUUGGAAAAAUGUGGACUGGAUAUUUGAAACACCACAGUCUUUUCAUCAGAUGAUGCCAAUGUCAACUUUGGAAGAAAACAGUUCUAAGCUAAUAAACGGUACUCAUAGUCACAUCCUGAGAGCUGACAGUCCAGCUCACCCAGCUCAUAAAGCCUGCAAGCACACCAGUGAACAGCUGUCAAUAGAUAUCUAGGCACUUGUUUUAAAAGUCUACAGCUGCUUCUCUGCGUCUGCCAUCUGAAGAGAGGAGCUGUGUGCAUUUUUAACUUCGUUGACAUUGAGUGGUGUGAAAUUCAGUGACACGUCUGCACACGAUUCUUCAUCCAGCUGCUGAUCAUCCUCUGCAGAGCUGGCCAGCUCUUGUCUCAUACCUCAGGUACCUUGGGGAGACCUGCCCUGUGGUACUGAAGAGGAUUUUUGAGGAUGAAGAAACAACUAUGAUUUUAUGAGGCCACUGUUGCUUGAUAUUUACGGUUGUGGCAAUUUCUGACACAUGGUAGUGGAUUUAUGUGACCAGAUUCAGGAAUUCAUACAGGAAUCACACAGAGUAUCAGGAACUUGGCACAUACUUUAGAUAAGAGGCUAAUUCAAUGCACACAAAUAUCUUGCCAAGAUACACACACAUAUGUCCUUUAUAUCAGCACUGUCUAAACAGAAGCUGUACUUUGCAGCAGUCUACAUACUGAGUGUGGAGACACUGAAACAAACACACACACACACACACACACACACACACACACACACACACACACACACACACACACACACACACACACACAGACCAACAGCAAUUAUCCUCUAUCACUCACAAAGUGGGGGAAACCCGGCUGCUGUUAUCUUGGAUAAAUAUGCCGCCUUGCAUGGCAUGAAACAGCAACAGAGUGAUUAGAGAGAAAAAAGAAAGCACAAGUACAGCAUGGAGACAUGCUAGCUAGCUUCUGGAAAGAUAUCAUAAGAAGGUGGGAGGAGAGGAAACAAGAACAAACGGCAACUGAUGAGAAGAAUCAUGGGAAAAAAAGAAUAGCAAUAACAUCAGACUGAAGGCCUGCUAUCUGUAAUUCUGCUCUUCCUGAGGAUGGAGUUUGACGCUUGCUGUGGUCAAACAGUCUGACUGAGUGAUGGGGGAGGGAGCUUUGAAGAGUGACUGGACUGGACCAGGCUGAAAUGUGUGCUUUUGUUUGGCAGUAAAAGUCAAAUAUGACAUUUUCCCAUUUUGAAAACAUCAGAUUUUUGUUACACACAGAACAAAUCUAUCAAACAUUAUUAAAGUCUGUAUAUACAUGUUAAAUAAGGUCAUUGUUUACCCACCAGCUGUGCUAAAUGGUUUAGCCUCUCCUAGUAGUUUAGGAACUAAUGAGGCCAUUAGCAGUUAGCUGUGAGGCUAAUGAGAUCAGGCCCAGCCAUGUACUCAGCAGCAUGUCGGCACAUUUAGAUAUCUCAUGUGUGUGAUCAGGAUCAGGAGUAAUUAGAAGACCCUACGUUGACGACAACCCACUGAGAAAAGCAAGGCUAACUGAGAUAGAGAUUCAUGAGCGUCUGCAUGCGUUAAACUGAUUUUUUUUUUUGGUAAUCCUGGGAUUAUUCAACAAUAAUAAGUCUCUGCUAAGUCUGAGGAGAAAUUACUGUAAUUAAACCUCCUUUUAGUCACAAGCAAUUUAAGGCUUUAACUUUAACAGAGGACUUAAAUAACCUCCACAUUUAGAAUCAAAUUAAUUCAAAUCUCAACCUGUCAGAGGAUGAACAUGUAUUAUGUGUGUGAGGUUCAACCCCUGUCCUCAGAUGACUUUAAAUCAUGAACAAACUCUCAUUGCUAUUCACAAACUGGGUGUUUCAGGUGACUUGUUCCCUUGUUUCAGCUGCAUGUUGCAUCAAAAACAGCAAAGAAACCACAGAGUCUUGUUUGACUGUCAGAAAUAUACCAACUCAUGUUAUCUGAAACUGUUUUUAGAAUAAAAAAAAUCAGAAAAGAAUGAAUAUUUUGCAUUAGAUAUGUGCUGCUUCACAUUUAAGUUAUACAUUGUAAAUUUAGGGGUUAUAGAAAGAAAUACGAACCGCUUCACUCUUAUGUGCAAAAACAUCCAACCAUUCUAAUCACAUUUAGACUGAAUUGAAGAAAGAGGCCAAAAAUAAAACCAACAAGAAAAUGAAAAUGUUUUGUAUAAAUCAGAAUUGAAUAAACUCAAAUCUUGAGUCAAAGCAGCAGCUGUUAUUCCUCCUGAUCCAGCAGAACCAGUCUCACCUCUUUCGGUCUCGGUUUCACCUCUUCAUUUCUCCUCAUUAGCCUGUAGCAGAGGCCGAGAGUCUGCCACUUUCUGCCACCAAUUACCUCAAGGGCCAGUUACCUGUUCCACCUGUUGGGACUUCUUUUAUGUGCCUGCUGUGUCAUGGCAGUGUGCGUCACAAACCGCAGACCUCCAUGAGUGUGAAAAGAAAACAAGGUAAUAUUUGGGAGACGGAUUGGGUGAGGCACUGUGUGCACUAGGUUUUUAUAUUACUUGUUGUAAAUGUUCUUAACAUAUAAGGAUAUAAACUUUCAUUAACGAUUACAUGCAUGAUCAGAGCCUCUGUAAGUAAAUGUCAAUUUUAGCGCCCCCUGUGGACAAAGCAGUCUCUCAUCCUGUUGACCUUUGAUAGUCAGAUGUAUCAUUCAUUAGUAAUAUUUAGAGUAAAAAGAUUAACAAACAGGGCUUUUUCUGAUUGCCUUUAAUCUUGUUCACUUCUGUGUGCCAUAAAGAGGCAUUAAUAUGAAUGUUGAUUUAUUUCAAAAACAUCAUAAAACUUCUCAUAUAGGCUUUAAGUCAUUUCUGUUGUAAAAAGAAAAUUACUUUAGAACUUUCAACCAUUUUUGCUGUUAACAUUCAAAUAAGUCAUAAAUUUGACUUCAAAAACAAGCCUCUCUGCACAGCCAGUCAUAGUGAAGGGAAGAACAGUUCUUUUGACUGAAUCUUUAGAAUCUGUUUAUUAAAAUGAUUCAUUCAAAAGAUUUGUUCACUGAAUCAGUCCAUGCUUCGGAGCCCUAUCCUGCCUAUUGCAGUACACGAGUGAGUGACAAAGUGGCACUGAUCGGGAGUUAGUUUAUUGAAUGAGCCCCUUCCCUCCCCUGCUGCUGAAGUCACAGCAUUGUUCACUGGUUUACAUGUCAUUCAUUCACCAAAUCGUAAGGGAAGAAUCACUCCUCUGCCCUAAAAAACACACCUCUCUGUGUGCCACCGAUGGUCGCAUCGCAGUUGAAACAACACAGCAGCACACCCAUUAGACGAGCACAAGUCGUCCUUCGUUUAUAUUGCAGAAAAGUAGAGAGAUUAAAAAUAAACACACAGAGAACGAACCAGUGCUCGGCAGAUCGUGAAUGACGUUAUGCCCCUCCCCUCUCUGCCUGCUUCAAGUUGUUCGUUUCGUUCAUAGUCUGACUGAUACAUGUUGUUUAUUUGCUGUGAGCAAAUCAUGAGACUCCGCCCGCCCGCCUGCUAUGUGUCGAUCGCCAAAGAGUCAAAGCUAGGCAGUUCCAUUUGACUCGCGACUGAGCUCAACUAAAUUGAGAAAGAAACGAAUAAGGUCUUGGGGUGAUUCAGUUCACAUCAUUCACUCAGCAGUUCCAUUCUUUUGAACACAACACUAGCCAGCCAUGCCAUAAGUAUUUAGGGACCAUCGCCGAAGUUUGAAUAUGUUUGCCUACUACUGGAGGUAUAUCUUAUAAGAUAUAUAUUAUAAGUACUGAGUGUUUUGAGUACAUUUUAGAUUUAGUGCUUUUCUUUUUUACUUUUGUAGAUUAACAGACUAGUAGUUUUACUUUUACUUAAAGCUCCUGUGAGGAACUUUCAGUUUGUGUCAAUUUUGGCGCCCCACUGUGGACAAAGUAGUCUUUGCUUAUUUCGUCCUCUACAUGCUUUAAUUGUGUCCUCUUACGAAAAUUCUCAUUCUGCUUACUUUUUACAACCGAAUGGUCAUUUAUUUUAUGUAAAAAUAUAAAGAAAUAUGGACUGUAGCUGCCUGGCUGCCACCUACCCCCUCACCAGUUUCAGGCACUUAAAUUCAUUGCAGAACUUUUUUUUUGCCGUACUUGCACUUUGUUCACAUCACUCCAUGAACUUGACCAGUCAAAACAUUACCUCUCAUGUUAUCAUUCAUUUCCAGUGAUAUUCAAAUUUAUGAUUUAUCACCAGCCCUGUGACCUUAACAUCCUUGGAGAGGACAUUGCCUCAGAAAAUGAUUGUUUGUCAGUCUUUUAUUUUGAUAUUUUGUCUAUCUCACAUUUAGGUUGCUUUAUAUCCUGUACUGUCCAUGGUUUUAUUGUUUGAGGAUGCAACUUCCAGUAGAUUUAAAGUUACAGGACUUAAUGAAACCAGUUAAAAAGGCUCAAUUUAUUAGUUACCUGAAGAGUCACAAGCUCCAAGGUUUUUGGUUUCACAAUAAAUCGGCAACAAAGAGUGCUAAAUCAUUACCCAGGAUGCUGCUUUAACUAGCCAGCUUGCAAGCAAACCUUGUGCUAUAAAUAGCCUGCUUUAACCCUUAACAAGUGGGUUGGUGUUUAAAGAAAAUGGCGGACAAUAGGUGCAACAUUUAAGAGGUAACAGGACGAAACUUAGGUGCUAAAGGAUGGUUUAGAGUUGCAGCUGCAACACAGGAGCUAUCCCUCUGCUCUUAGGCAGAAGGAUAAAUGAUAGCUCUUCAUCCAUCUUGGCUGCUCCACUUAGCUCAUCUUUCAGUGUCUGAGCUGUGAAACUUUUCUGUCCAGCCAUGACACUCUAGAUAGAUGCAACGACAAAGGAGGAAAAUCUCCUCCAUUGUUGGGCUUUUGUAAGAGCCAUAAGGAAAACAUAUGAUGCCUGACAUUUUUGGUUAUUAUUCAAAACAUAGUGGUGUUCAUUUCUCCAGAUGUGUUUAUCAAAUUACAUAUACGCCAUUGUCGCUAUAUCGUUUUGUACACGUAUUAUAAGAAACUGAGUGGUGCUGUGAGGCCUUACAUCUCAGGACUUGUUGCAUGGUAAGGAUGUACAAGAGCCAGGUCAACAAAUCAUUUCGAUGCUGGUCCUGUGACUAUACUGACAAUAUUCAACCUGAACAAAGUCACAGCUGUAACAAUCAGGAGAAAUUCAAAUAUCUUUGAUUAAUGUCAAAUGACGUCGUGCUUUCCUGAACACCUCACUUCAUUCCCUGUGGUCACGGGCCAAGGAGAGCCAAAGAAGGCAAGUGUACCACACGGGUGAGUGAAAGGCCAAUGGGUGAUGUAUUGUGUAUCACACAAUGUGUAUUCUGUGUCAAUACGGUGUCUCAAGGUGCGUUCAGGAGUUCAACUUCCAGCGGGGCCACCCAUGCAGUCCAUAAAUAUGUGAGGGAGACUUUUGCCACUGAAAAAUGCAGCUAGUGAGUCUGACAUUGCUGCUAAACCUCAGCAGUUUAUUAAAAUACUCACCUAAUUACUCAUAAUAAUCACUGGACUCUACAUUGGAUGACAAUUGAAUUUAGUACAGAUGAUCAUGGUUUUUAGAGGAUAAACCUGAAUGGAUUUGGUGAUUCUUUGACUUUUCAUGAAACGCCAUAAGCAGGCCAAAGUGUCAUUCACUCAUUGACUGAUCUGUAACUCAAAGGAUUGGUAUAAUGUUUUGUAAAGCCACUCAUGGUCCCCAGAGGAUGGAUCCCAGAUAUUUUUUAGGGUUAAAAUAAUGCCUACCCCAAACCUAGGAGGGUUAUAUCCACUAAUCACAUCUAUAUGAACAAAAUAAAAAUGUGUUAUAUUUUUAUUUAUAUUUUUUUAAAGAUUACUUUACACAGUAGCAACAAUUAAAUCAGCUGACAUUGAUUCUUGAAGGAUUAAAAAGGAGCUAUUCGUCCAAGGAUGGGGGGACCCUGGCUCUGCUACUGCAGAAACAGACAAGAUAUCAUCAGUGAUGCACUUCAUUUUACCCUGAGAUCUGAUAUAGUUCUUGUUUAUUCAAGCCUUUGUGUUUUUGUGACAAAUGCAUGCUUUUGGUUUACACCUGACUGCAGAUGUGAGGUCAACCUCUCUGCUUGUAGCUAUAAUUUUUAUCUUGAUCUUUCCAGGUGCCUUGAGUGAACUGUGACUGUAACUUUAAUGACUUCGCUCAAACAACAUCAACCUUUUCACUCAAAGCAAAGAGCCUGAACAAAAAUAGACAAAAAAAGAUGCCGGUGAGAAAUAUACUUUGUUGCUUUCUUCUCCAAUUUGACUGCAUUUGUGUUGUUAUCCAUGCUCUUUGUAGUGUCAAACCUUCUGCCCUAGAUAAUGUGGGGUUUAGACAGGUGUAUAACAUUUGUAUAGCACCUUGUUUUGGCUGCUUUUCUUUUGCAUGAACAGUGAAAAUUGGCUUUGAAGGUGUUGCAAAGAUUCUAAUCACGUUAAUUAUCCAACACAGACAAAUGCAUUCUUCUUGAGUUAGAAUUUUGUCUCCAGAUUUCAGUGAGUCAAACAGCUUCUACUGCACGAGACCAAAGAGACAUUUAAAGUCUCACUCUGAUACUUUUUUUUUUUUUUACUACUUCAAGUGUUCUCAGUGGACUUUAAAUUGUGAUCAUGAAGUUUUCAGCCAAAAUCAUUUCCUCUGUCAUUUUCAAGGAAUUUUCUUCUGCAGAGCUUCAGAAGCUCAUUAGCAAUUUGCCUCUGAGUAGUGGAAGUUGACAGAGCUGCUCUGCACACUUCUCGUCACCUUAUUCUUGCAGCCUAAAAUUGUCGAUGUAGUAGAAGUGGCAGGUAACAUAGGAGCUAUUCAGCUCUCGGACGCUAAUGUCUUCGGGGACAUGAUGAAAGUUAAAAACAUAAUUAGCUUUCUUACAAGCAUUGCAAUCCGCUAACGCAGACGCUUGUUCUGCAAUUGUCCUCUCUAUUUAACCAAGUGUGGCCUGCAUUGUGGGGCUCCGGGGACAGAGCUUGGAUAUAUGAUGUAGGAAACUUACUGCAUCUGAUCCUACGGUUUAGGUCUGCUGGAGGUUCACAGCGAUAUGAAUGCAGGAAUACUCUUGUUUUUUACACUUAUUUUUCUCAUGAUAUGUCCUCUAACAUCAGAAAAUGCCAUAUGAACAUGUAGACAACAAAAAAAAACAUAGUUUUCAUCUGAGUGGGUCUUUAUAGGAAUCAAAUGGAUCAAGGAACACAACAAAAUAACUUAUCAGUAACUUUUUAGCAUGAAAUUGAAAUGACCGGAAGUAUAUCAAAGGGACGGCACGUCUUCACUCGGUUUUCAUAAACAUACUCACACAGGCAUAUCGAGACCAUCUUUUCAGGCUUGCCAUCUUCAAAUUGUACAUCAUAUGUCUUGGCUAUUUGACAGAGCAGGGUGCUUCAGUACUAAGAGCUGUUUGCAAAUUGGAACUGGUUCUUAGUUUCAGAGAUUCGUAGAUUCAAUAAUGUCGGUUCCACCUUCUGGGUUCCUUACAGCAACAGAAAUCUUUCAGGAUUAAAUUUUGAUGAGUAUUACAAUCCACAAAAUGUUGUACAUCUUUACCACGACCUGCUAUGGAGAGCCACAGACAUCAUUUGUGACACAGUCUGUCAGUGAAGUUAUGGUGCUGACAGACCAAACUCUGCCACGCGCAUUGAGAAACGCUAAAAUAUGCUCACCCACUUCAGCAGCACAACAGACAGAAGAAAAGCUACUUUACAGCAUAAAUGCACAGCAUUAGGACAGACAGAGCUGUUUUGAUAUUUUUAAUCUGAUUGUGAAAUCAUUUGCAAUGAACUACUUUGAAUUUGUAAUUGCUGAACAACAUCUGUAGACACAGGAGUUGGAGUGGUUUCAAGAUGGUAGACUGUAACAAACCAUUUCAAUGCAGUAAUGCCUUUUUUUUCUCCCUAUUUUUUUUAUUUUUUACCAAAACAAGAUUUUUAGAAAGAAAUCAAAACUAUUUUGAAGCCUACACUUCCAAGAAAAGCAACACAAAGUGUGUGGCAUGAUCUUUCUUCUGUCUCUGUUUCUUCUCAGACCUGGCAGCUGAGUGUCCUGAAAGCCGGCAGACAGACAGGAGAGCAAAUAAUUACCUUUCCCAGGUAGCUGCACUGAUUGUUGGGGGCUGGAGGAUGAGUGAAGAGGGCUCUGUGUGUGACUGUUUCGUGAUUGUGUGCAUGUAUGUGUGUGUGUGUGUGCCCAAAAAGCAGUAUGUCCUUUUGACCUUGCGGUGCUGCAGACACACAGAGAGAGACGGUUUUGUGUCCCCAGACAAGAGGUCUGCUUUCACCUGAGCAGGCUUUGGCCAAUUACACCCUUCAACCCCCAAGCAUAGACAAAAGAGGAGCGGAGCGGGAUGAGUGA